CACAGCACCGCCAGGGUGGCGCUGGACCCUGGAGACGUCCACUCUCAGGUCAUCUGUGAGGUGGCCCACAUCACCUUGCAGGGGAUCCCUCUCCGUGGGACUGCCAACUUGUCUGACACCAUCCGAGUUCCGCCUACCUUGGAGGUUACCCAGCAGCCCACGAUGGCGGGGAACCAGGUGAACGUCACCUGCCAGGUGGAAAGGUUCUACCCAGAGAAACUACUGCUGACCUGGUUAGAAAAUGGAAAUGUGUCCCGAACAGAAACAGCCUUGACCCCCGUAAAGAACAAGGAUGGGACCUACAGCUGGACCAGCUGGCUCCUGGUGAACUCCUCUGCCCACAGGGACGCCGUGGUGCUCACCUGCCAGGUGGAGCAUGACGGACAGCCACCGGUCAACAGAAACCAUACCGUGGUGUUCUCUCCCCACCCGAAGGAGCAGGAUUCAGUCACCACCCCUG